AUGUCAAAAUUUAUGGUUAUAUUAAUAUUCAAUGACAUUAAUUCCCAUUUGAAUCCCUAUAAAAGCCCUUGUGUUGCCAUCGCUCUACUUAGUCAAGCAUUCAAUAUGAAGAUCAUCGGAGUUCUUAGCAUCCUGCUUUCCUGUGCGAUCCUGGGAUAUGGAACAAACUCUGUUUCACUCCUUGAACCCAAUUGCGGAAUUUCGAUUUCAUCAUCGCGUAAUGGAACGCUCAGAAUAAUUGGAGGCAAAAUAGCCGAUAUGUAUGGAAAUCCAUGGAUGGCAUAUAUCAGCAGCUCCUUGGGGGCGUGUGGCGGCUCCCUUAUUACAAACCGUAAGUCAGCUUUGUGCUCAGUGCUGCUCAUUGCAUCAGUGAACCUCCAGCUCCAACCCAUACCGAAUAAACUGACUCCCUUCUUCAUAGACUUUAUCAGGCCCAUCUGUCUGCCAACCAACUUUAGUCCCUUGGAUCAGACAACGCAUCUGACUACCACUGGCUGGGGUAAAACGGAAUACGGAGUUCCGAGCAGUGUACUGAAGACCACCACCUUGACGCAAUAUGAUCGCUGGGCUUGCUCCUCCAGAUACCACAGCAACGUGGAUACAUCUCAGAUCUGUGCCGGAUCCCCGAGCUCCAGUAGUUGCAACGGAGAUUCGGGAGGUCCCAUCACAACCGUUUAUCCCAUCAACGGCAGAAAUCGCGUCAUUCAACUGGGAACUGUCAGUUAUGGAGAUAUAUACUGCCAAUCGCUGGGGGUCUAUACGAAUGUGAUUCACUAUAUGGCCUGGAUCGGGACUACCAUUCAACAGGGAGGAGAUCAACACACACCAGCACCAACCCAGAGCCCGUCACACAGUAAUAAUAAUAAUCCUAAUUACCCUCUUCCUUCUCCUCCUAGUUUCCCUCUUCCUCCUCCUCCAAGUUACCCUAUUCCCUAUCCUCCUAAUUACCGUCCCCCCUCUUACGGUAUUCCCUAUCCUCCCAAUUACAAUAUUCCCAAUGGCAAUUAUCCCAAUUAUAAUUAUCCAAAUGGAAUUUAUGGUUAAUUUAGAACAAACUGUAAUCGAAUAUCUACAAAUGAAUUGAUUUAAAAUUAUUUAAACUGUUUGCCAUCUUUAAAAGUAGAUGUUUUGAUUUCGAGGGUCCGAAAUCCGUUAUAAUACAAAACAAGGAUUUUCUUGUGAAUGUUUUAUCUAUAUUGGGAACUGAGAAAUCAAGAAGCAAUCUUUAAACUUAUUCGAAUGACAAUCUACCCGUUUGCAGGACUACUGUUACUCUGGAGGAGAAAAUCCCAAGAAUGAUAUGUAGCUGUGUCACGGCUGUCUAGGAUGGUUUCCCUUUCGUGUAAUCCAUAACCAAAUUCUAGCCUUAAGUUUAAACCAAAUUCCUUGCAGACUUUAUCAAGCCAAUUUUUUUACUUUAAUGAUCAUUCUGGUUGCCGUUCAAAGGUCAAGCCAAUCUUAAAUAUUUUUCCAAAGAAACUAAAUUCAAUUUGAAUGGCUUCAGCGGACUCUCGAUUCUGAGAAAUUAUACAGUAUCUUAAUAACUGUCAAAUUGAUGAUUAUAUUUAUAUUUAAAGACAUUAAUUUCCAUUUUAAUCCGAGGCCUCAAAACUUAUAAAAUCUAUUGUGUUGCCAUCGCUCUACUUAGUCAAUCCUUCAAUAUGAAGAUCAUCGGAGUUCUCAGCAUCCUGCUGUUCUGUGCGAUCCUCGGAUAUGGAAAAAAAUCUGUUUCAUUUCUGGAACCCAAUUGCGGACUUUCGAUUUCAUCGGGUAAGGCAACUGCCAGAAUAGUCGGAGGCGAAAUAGCCGAUAUGUAUGGAAAUCCAUGGAUGGCAUAUAUCAGGCACGACAGCUGGUGUGGCGGUUCCCUUAUCACAAACCGUAAGGCAAUCAAAACUAAACUGUAUCCCUAGGACACCAGCUAAUUAACUUGGUCUUUUUCCAGGCUUUGUGCUCAGUGCUGCUCAUUGCAUCACUGGUUAUCCAGCGUAAGUAAUUUCAGCAAGGGAGCUCCUGGGUUAAGCUCAAUUUAUUAUACUUUUGUAGGACGGUUUACUUGGGCCAAUUCGAUAUGUCUCGCAGCACUCCAAAUGGCAUUCAAGUUCCCGUUGAUGCACAAAUACGUCAUCCGCACUACUCAAAACCAAGAGGAUACAAAAAUGAUAUAGCCUUGUUUCAGCUGGCCAGGACAGUGCAAUACACAGGUAGGUAAACAUGUAUUUAAUAAGCCAUACCGAAUAAACUGACUCCCUUCUUCAUAGACUUUAUCAGGCCCAUCUGUCUGCCAACCAACUUUAGUCCCUUGGAUCAGACAACGCAUCUGACU